AUGGGAGAUAAGGUAUGGUGGCCAAAAGAAAUGAGAUCAAAUCCAAACAGGCGUAAUCCUGAUCACUGGUGCGAAUUUCACAACGAUCAUGCUCAUAAAACGGCAGAUUGUAGAUUAUUACAAGGUGAAGUUGACCAUCUAUUAAAGCAAGGGUAUCUCAACGAAUUAUUUAGUGAUAAAGAUAAGCAAUCAUACAUGAAGAAUAGGCAGGAUCCCCCUAAACCUCCUUCUCCAAAAAGGACCGUCAAUGUUAUAAGCGGGGGCGAGGAAAUCAAUGGCGUGACGUAUACCGUAGCUAAUAAGGUCUCUAAAGUUACAAUCACCCACGGGAAGCGGAUCCGACAUGUGUUGGAGGAAGAAAGUAUUACAUUUGAUGAUGCAGAUGCGGAUGACGUGUUAACUCCACAUAACGAUGAACUG